CCGCCCGCAGCCCCGCCUCGGCCCGGGACGCGCGGUUAGGAUUUGACUAUGGCAGUGCAGUCCCUGUGGAAGGCAUCUCUGUGGUUAAAGAAGCACAAGAUCGCUGUGUUGGCCGUUUCUUGCRUGGGACUGCUUGGCACUGACCUUUCCUAUCAUGUGUUUCCUGAGCAGACGUUCAAACUGUUGCACGAGUGCUGGUCAGAGGGKCAGCCAGCUAAGCUUUCAGAGAAGCUCUGUGGUGUGUUUCAGGAUGUCCUUCAGGAUACUGGUGUGAAGUCCACUGACUCCUACAGAGCCUUUGCAGCUUCUGGCUUCCACCCUGUGAGUGCUGGAAUUCCCUGGCUGCCCGCAGGCUCUUUGGUGGGCAUCCCACCCAACUUUGAUAGCACAGCUGAGGAUAAAAAAGGAAUAGUCAACCAUAUUGUUGUAAUAAAUGGCAAGGAAGUAGACUGGGAGAGCAGUGAAGGCGUUGCUUUGAAGGAAGCUCUCACAUUUUCACUUGAAGCUCAGAAGUUUGCCAUUGCCAGAGAAGUUGUGUAUUUGCAGAAUGGCAGCCCUUUAGCAAGUGCAGUUGUGGCUCCGACUUGCUUGGCUGGGACGUUUCUCUGUGGCAGAGCUCUAAACCUGCUGCUGGGGUUUUCCAGGGGCCCUGUGAUCCUUCGUGGCCUCUGUAACCUCGUCAGUGCCAUGGGAGGACUGUUCUGCUAUGGCGUUUCUUCCGACGCUGUCACCUAUCACCUGGACUGCCGGGCUGACAGGAAGGCAGCCAUGCUUUCCAAAGACUAUGCCAGAGGUGGCCUUGAAUUUUAUGAUAAAAUCUUGUCCCGCAACAGAAUUUUUCGUGGUCUGAUGGGCAAACAAGGGAUGAAAGUGUAUGCCCCGAGUGGUAACCUUUACCCAAGGCACUGGUUCAGAAUAAAGUAUACCCCACUCACUUACCGGAGAACUUUGAUUGUUAAUAUUUUAACAGAGCUCCAGGCAUCAGAUGGGAGUGCUUGAAUUUUAAACUUGUGAAUUAUGUAUUUUGGAACACCGCUGUGCUGCUUUUUUUUCUUACUGUAUCUUCAUUAGAAUUUUGGGAUUUAUUUUUGCAUAUAGUUCGGGAGGAGUUACUGCACAUUCCCUGAAUAAAGAAUUCUCUCUUAAAAUAUUAAAGACUUGCUUCUAAAGUGUUCAGUUCUGCGUGCAUCUCAAAUCACAAGAUUGCUGAGGAGGGAAACUUUUCAGACACUGAUCUGCAAGUUCUGCUGUGCUGCUCUGCCUUCCUGCCCCAUUUCAGACUGGCAAAUUGAGACGGGCAAGUCCAGCUGAGGGGUUUUGGAUCAUUAUCAUUUAAACUGGGGUGUUUGCUUUUUCUCCUAUGGAACAACACAAAGAUGUUUAAAAACUGGGCAGUCUGUAUCAUGUGGUUAC